CUUACCACAUAUUUUGUUAUAGUUGUGGGGAAGUAGUGUUCACCCAAACAGGCUCUCACUAAGAGGCUGAUCACAAGAGAGAGAGAUACUGGUCCCAAGGGAAACAGGAGAAAAUGGAUAAAGUUUUACUUUUUGUAGUAGUUCUUGGUUUGUGUUUUGACAGCUCACUUCAUGACAAUGUUCAGAAUGAGAAAUCAAGAAACAAAACCAGCAACUUCAGCUCUAUUGCUGAACCCAGGACCUUUUGGGGAAAGCCUGUGGUUCUGACUGGGUUUUCCUCUGGUAGGAACAGGACAGGGGCACCAUCUCCUGCAGUCGUUCCUGACUCUAUGCCGGAACUCCUGCUGAACAGUAACAAGACUGCCUCUUACCUUCAAGGCCCUAUAAGUACCAUUCUCAUCCCAGUCCUGUACAUCUUAAUCCUGGCUGUGGGAGUCCCUGCUAACCUGUUCACCCUUUGCUCCCUUGCAUCCAAAGUGCGUAAAGUGUCCUCUGCCAUCCUGUACUGCAGUCUGGCUCUGUCUGACCUGCUUCUGCUGCUGUCUUUGGUGUUCAGAGCUCACUAUCAUCUCCGGGGGAACCAAUGGUUAUUUGGAGAAGCUGCCUGCCGCAUGGUCUCUGCGUGUUUCUAUGGCAACCUGUACUGCUCGGCACAGACUCUGGCCAGUAUCAGUGUGAAGCGAUAUCUAGCUGUAGCCCACCCAUUCAUGUAUAAGAGCUUACCCAAGAGAAUGUGCACCACCUGGGUGACAGUGGUGUUGUGGAUGGUCCUGGGAGCUGGUCUGGUCCCGGAGCUCCUUGUCCAUCAGAGCUACAGGAUCCCACAAUUGAACAUCAUCACCUGCCAUGACAUCUUACCAUUAGGCUCUGAGUCCCACAGGUUUCUAUUGUACUAUAACCUGUUUUUUACUAUCUUUGGCCUCAUCCUUCCACUGGUGGUAUCUGUGGUGUGUUAUGUGCGUAUCCUGGCUGAGCUGAAACAGUCCCACACUGACUGGGGCUUGUACAUACGCAGCAGUUCCCUUGUUCUCCUCAUUUUUCUGGUGUGUUUCACCCCUGCUGGAGUCCUGCAUUUUAUCCACUAUGUGCAGCUGUUUACAGAUGGGACAGAGACCUUGUACAUGUACUUUAAUGUGGCUGUGUGUUUGUGCUGCCUUCAUGCAGCGAUGGACCCCUUCCUGUUUAUACUCAUGUCCCACUCCACAGGAUCCAAUCCCUAUGUUAGAACCUUCAAAAGCAAGAGCCUCAGUAUAUCAACUUAAGACUAACAAAAAUGGACAUAAACAUAAACAUUUUAUUUUUAAUUACAAAUAUUUUUCAAACAAAUGUGUUGAAAAUACAUUUGUGAAGGGUGUGUCAGAAAUGAUGUGUCACAGGACAACUUAGGUUACAGUAUUUAAUUUAUGCAAAAGUCCCGGUUGGCAUUUUAUUAAAGUAAAUCUGUUCUAUUGUCUAAUGCUCAGUGUGACAAAGCACAGAGCAUUCUCUUUGUAGUGCCAAACCAUACCAGAGGAUGCUAUUGUGUAUAUGACUACUAUGCAUAAAACCUUGUGCGUGUGAGUGUUUGUGCUGUGUUAGGAAGUAAUUGAAUACAUACACAGAGAAUGCAUAUUCAGAAUACAAAUUUUGUGUUUGGAACUGUAUUCCAGUACAAUUAGAAAACAGUUACUUUUCUAAAAUCAGUUUUUACACUAUAAUUUAAAUGCAACUUGAUGUAAAAGUAUUCACAAUACAGUACUUUAAUUGGACCAUGUAUCAGAAUAAAGUACAAAAUAUAUCUUAAUGCAUCCAUCCAUUUUCAUCUGCUUAUCCGGGGCCGGGUUGUGAGGGCAAUAGUCUAAGCAGGGACUCCUAGACUUCCUUCACCCCAGGCACUUCCUCCAGCUCCUCCGGGUGGACCCCAAGGCAUUCCCAGGCCAGCUGAGAGACAUAGUCCCUCCAGUGUGUUUUACAUUUUCAAAGUAUUCUUCCCAUUAGUGUAUGUGUGUGUGUGUGUGUUUUGUGUUUAGUGAGACACUUAAGUAUUUCAUAGGGGGGAAAAAAGAUACAACAAAAUAUUUAAGAUUGUUUUGUAUUUUCAGUAUAUUCAGUUGUUUGUGUACACUUGUAAAUGCUGUAUAAUCCAGCAUCAUAAAUCGGAGUGAAAAUUUGACAAA